GGGUCUAAGAAAUUAGAAAGCUAUCCGCGCAGACGUAGGACUACACGGUUUGGAUGGAACAGGGGACCCCACAAACUCUUCAACCCGCAUUUGCAGAGGGUAUUGAAGAGCUACCAGACCGGCUGCCGGUGGAAAGUUUGAAUGGCCCUACUGGUUUGGGUGGCGGGCUGUGGCCACACGACCUCAAAAUAUCGACAUGGAGGAGUACAGAAAAGCUGUGGUGGCCAACGCUAAAAAACUGCCCUCCGAAAAGGGCAUGGACUACGAUCCAUUCCUAGCACCGCCACCAUUUCCCAUUCAACCCAGUCCCUUCUUCAUCCCCCUCGACGCAACCCGAAGUGAGAAAGUGGAAACUUUACUGGAGGGGGAGAAAAUCGCCUGCUUCAGGGUCGGUGGGGAAAAACGACUGUGUUUACCGCAGAUUUUGAACACCGUUUUACGGGAAUUCAGUCUUCAACAGAUCAACGCCGUCUGUGACGACUUGCAUAUUUUCUGUUCUCGUUGUAACCCUGACCAGCUUGAAGAUCUAAAAGUGUCUGGUAUUUUGCCACUGAAUGCCCCCAGCUGUGGACUGAUCACGAAAACAGAUGCAGAGCGACUGUGUAACGCUCUUCUUCAUAGCUCCCCGGAGCCUUCUACCAACCCACCUUCCCCCAACAGUUUUAAAGUGUAUCAUGAAUGCUUCGGCAAAUGUAAAGGGAUCUUCAAUCCGGAACUGUAUUUGUCCGACCAGGCGAAAUGUAUCCAGUGUAUGGACUGUCACGGUCUGUUCAGUCCGGCGAAGUUUGUCAGUCAUUCGCACAAGGCAGCGGAGAAUCGUACCUGUCACUGGGGGUUCGAUUCCGCCAACUGGCGCUCUUAUCUCAUGCUGGCUAAAGAUCAGCACGGAAAGGAGAAAUUAAAGGCCGUAUUGGAAGAAAUCAAGCUGCUCUAUGACCACACUAACAAAUACAAACGAAAACAGUCACACGAUCGAGAAAAGGACGAUUCCAAGAAAGUGCGAUAUGAAGAUGGUCUCGCCAUCAAGGCUGGUGGUUACCGGCCAGUUUCUGCGUUCCGACCUUGGUCACCGAGCAUGCUCAGUGCCAUCAAGGAGGGCAAGCUGUACCCUGUGGCUGCAGGAGUUCUCAGAGAAGGGUACCCACGCAUUGUCCCCUCUUAUCUGCAGACUGGCCCCCCAGUGCUUCUCAAUCCUGAGCGCGUCAUUCCACUGUCUGAGUCGGACAGGUAUGAACGACACUUUGCGCCCAAUGUAUCUCUCGCCCCGCUCCCCAUCAAGAAGAUUAAAUGUGAGGGCCCAGAGGUGGGGACAUGUGAGAAACACAGCCCAACACGGCUGGACCAGAAGGAGUAUGAUCUGUCGACAGACACGGAGGACUCUCUGCGCUCUUCACCCGUCGAUAUAGAUGAUGACCGUACUGCAGUAUCGCCACCGGUAGAGAGUACGCUGGAGCGCGAGUUAGAGCUGGUACGCGGCGCCAUUUUUGGUACAGACUCUGAGUCCAGCGAGUCACGAGAGAAGCAGUUCCAGGAGUUCUCCAAGUUGAGGGCGCGUCAAGAGGAGCAGGUGAAUCGUCUGGCAAAGACACGCCAGAGGCUCAGGAAGGAGAACGAUUUACUGAAGAUCAACCUGCGGGAGUCAAACAAUCUGAGGUGGAGCUUACAGAAGGAGAUUGAGACCAUCAGGAUAGAAAGCGAGUGUCGGCUACAGACAGCAGACGAAAGCAAGCAGAGAUUGAUGAAGGAAUUAGAUUCACAAAGACACAAGUUGGAUAAGUUGGACAAGGAAAUGGUGCGGUCAGGUGGGUCUCCAGACCACCAAGACAUGCGACGACGAUUGAGACACUUCGAAGAGCUGUGUGAACAGUAUCAGCGAGAAAACCUCUGGCUCAAGGAGGAACUCAAACAGAUCUGCGGAGAGAUGACUGCCAAGUCCCUAGACAAGCUCCAUCUCCUUCACAAAGCGGGAUCCAAAAUCCAUGACAACGGCCGCGUGGUUGGCCUCUCCCCCCGGUCUAAUGGCAGCAACAGCGGCAGCCCCAAAGCCGCGUCCUCGCCGGAGCGGCAUCGUCACAUCAUGGCGUCACCUGAUCGCCACCAUCAGGUUAUCGUCUCGGAUGCUGUUCAGGUGUCCUAAGUAAAAACAUUAGUGUAAAAGCAUAUAGUGCCAUAUAUGGUUAUGUGAUCAGUUGUGACGUGUGCUUGAGCUUGUUCGUCAGGUGGCGUUGUGGGGGAAUAAAAGGGUGAGUCUUCCAAACGCGCCAGCCCAUGCUAACUAGUCUGUCGUCUGGACUACCUGUUGUAUUCUUCCAAGUUGACCAGCACAGCUCUGCCUCUGUCAAAGCGCACAACGCGGCUAUGUGUGACCUCCCAUGGGUAACCCUGUACAGCCGUUCAUUGGUACAUCUGACGUCAACGCCGGCGGAGUGAUCACAUUCAAAAAAACAUUUUGUGCACACUAGCUCAUAUUAUAACAAGCUAGUUAUUCAUUAUUAAUGAUUGUUAUCACAGGUUGACAUUAUGUUACGGGUCUUCAUAUUUUUUCUUAUUAAUUUUUUUUUUUGCCCUAUUAUUGGUUUUUUUUUUUUUUUUAAUGAGAAGCCAUGGUGCUGUUUGUUAUGUAAGACACACAAAGGUUGUUCCUUGGUGGCUUGCGUGAAGACUUGACAAAAAUCUUCACCACCCACAAAUGAGACUCUCGUAUCAUCUGCAUAAAGAUACAGGGCUCAAACAUAACAUCCUUGAAUGGACAAUGAUCACCAUGGAAACACCUGCAGUGCUACUUCUCUUUGACUUCAGCACCAUGUUUUUCUGUCAACAGAUGUUAAAGACGUUGUUGUAAAUUUUUUUUUUUUUCUUUAUUGCGUUGUUACAAUAGUGUUCGUUAAAUUAAGAAAUUACUGAAUGGGUUUGUGGACAAGUUUCUGAUUGACACAGGUCUGGAAUAGCCAGCUGUGCUCCCAUUAUUCUGUCCUGUUGCUACGGGUGACUGCAUGCCAUUAUUCUGAGUUUAUCUUACCCCUGUAAGUUGUAUAUAUACAUAGUACUGCUGUGUGUAACCCUGGCACAGCAUUUCUGUCUGCCUGUAUCAAACUCAUCCCAGUGUACAUACUGUGGUUUACAUUGUUGUGGAGCAACAAAGGGACAUAACCCUGCAUCUUUGUCCCGCAUGAUCAACCUGUUACUAGGACAACAUAGUUGUUUUAGCAACAGUUUUUUGGGUUUUUUUUUUUUCAACCCACAAGGUUGAAAGCUAAGAAUUAUGGACUAUGCCCUUAAUGGGUGUUACUUUUAAUUUCUAGGAUUCAAAGUAUUCAUAUGAAAGCUGUCAGACCUUUGGCAGUCUUCUUAGGGAUGGUUCAGCUUACAUAGGCGUAUUACCAUGUGUCUGUUGAGAGUCGUUAAGUUUUAUACAUAGUUAAAAUAAUGAAGGGCAUAAAAAGUGCAUGCUAAAUGUGAGUGUGUCAUAUAGAAAACUACAUAUUUGUGGUGUCCAGUAAUCAUGUUUUUUUUCUUCAUGAGAAUAAUUCUCUCAAAUUGUUUUUCUUGUAACAUUAGUUUUUGGCAUAUGGGCCAGGUGAAUAUUAUUCACUUGUGCUGAUUGCGUGAUUGUGUGAGUGUGUGUGUGGGUGUGAGUAUGUGAUGUGUGUUAAAACCUUUUUUCCGUAUAGGACACUCGGCAGCUGAAUGGCUGCAGAGCACAAACAUUGGAGAUAUUAUUACUCAAUUUGCGGGUUGGGAUGGAGGAGGAAGAGAGGGGACGGGGAACUAGGGAUGUGGCAGGCUGGGGAUAUACAGCAGGGUCUAAGGUACAGUGGAGGUUAGGAUUAAGGAAGGGGGAAGGCUAUAUGCAAGUCCAGUCUCGUCCAGUGGAAGCUUAACAAUGUAAAUCAUACCUUCAGUCUGCAUACAGAUUUCUUCGACAUAGCGAAAACAGAAAAGAAUUUUCACCUUAUCUCAAGCUUCUUUUGAUCAAAGUUAAAUGUACAUGUAGGUCUCUUAAAAAAAAACAAGUAGAAAUUUGCAUGCCAAUGUCAGAACACAGCAAGCCUGGAAGAAGUGUAUGACAAGCUAAGUUUGCUGUACCUUUCCAGAAUGAUGGACUCUUCUUUUGAACUUUGCCCUUUAUAGCAUUUUGCUUAGAAGAGAUGGCAUUUAACAUGUCCGUUACUUGUUCCCAGUUUUGUGAAAGUAAGACUUCACCGCUUAAAUUGAAAAUGCUUUUAUGUACUACACGAAAAGAUUGCUGAAGAAACUUAUGCCAUUAAAGGAGUUGAAUAACAAUCGAAGGAGAGUGUGCUGAACUUCACGUUGCACAUAUGCAAGUGCCUGUGAUAAAACUGUAGGGUUUGCUCACCGUAAAAACAGAAGGAAAUCUGAGGUUUUCUCUUCUCACCACAGUGAAUGGUGAUGGAUAAGCGCCUUAGUGGCUAGAAACGCGUCGCUGAAAUGUGGUGGCUUUUGAAGAAGAAAAAUGGGGGUGUUUUGUGUGUUUAUCUAUGGCAGCUUUUUGAUUGUGUCCGUCGUUUUGAACGCAAUUGUUGCUAAGAUUUUAAAAUAAACCACUAAGGGUACAUCGGGUUAUGCUAACCAUUCAGGAGCUAAUCACCAUUCUUGCUAUAUAAUUGCACAGCAAGACUUGUUUUCUUGGAAUUGAUACAACUGUGGAAGUGUCAGAAGGUUGUAUUUGAUAAAGUCACCAGCUUCUGAGUUGCAGAUCCAUAUGUAAAUGGUGGAAAUCAGCCUCUGCUGAUUAGUUGAUUCACAUGAUCAGAUUCUUUGCUGUCCACUGAUUGGCUGUUAUGUUUGGUGGUGAGGAUCAGACUUUGCUCUGACAGCUGAUUGGCUGAGCUGCCAGUGGGUGGGGAUAAGAAUGUUUUUUAUACCAUUGGCAUAACACCCAAACCUAUGUACACAGAUUUUUUCCGUUUUCCAUGUUAGUAACCCCUCCGUACUAACCUCUGUAGAUAUGUUGUGACCUGGUGCUAGUGAUGUGCGUCAAGCUACAAAGAAAUCCAUAGAGCAUGUUUUUUGGUGGGGGAGAUCAACACAUUUCUAUCAUAAAAAUCCCCCAAAAUUUUAAUACAUACAUCGUUAUCUUGUAGUCUGUUUUUCUUAUCUUAAAUCUGAACGUCUCUUGAGGCUGAUUUUCUAGUGUGUUGAGCUUAUACACGUGGUAUCUUAUUGUUCUUUGUUCUGCACUCUAACAUCAUAUCACUCAAGUACUUGUAAUCUUCAAAACUGUGUUGGAAACAAUAUCAGUGUUGUGAGGUUCACAAUAAGUGCAUGUUUUUCCAAAAAAGACAUUUAGAUUUUGAUGUAGAACGAAGUUCCUAAUCAUAACACCUGUGUUUGAUUCAAACUUUUUUCAGACAUGUUGAAAGUUUCUAUUUCUAAUUCACACUUCUGAGCAUUAAUGUUUAUUUCUUUAAGAUAGAAAUACUUAUUGAAAGAACAUUUUAAUUGUUACUAAUUUUAUGUCAUGCAGAGGGAUACAGUUAUUCCAUUGGUAUGUUGAAAAG